CUAUACAAAGAUACAUUCUCGGGUGAAUGUACUCUAGCUGACAACACUAUCAAAUCACGUCCCUCUUCAACAGCGCAUCAUUUCAAAUACAACCAAGAACAUCAAUUUUGGUACAAUUAUUACAAAUUAUGGUCAUUCGCAUAUCUAAAACACUGAUACCUUUAUUGACACAUUCAAUUUUGAAAAAUUUUAGUUUUUUUAUUCGCCUGAUUGUCAGUUUCAGUCAAUGACGGCUCUUCUGUUCAUCUAUUUUAUCAUUUGUGCGCCUCUCAGAUGAGCGAACAAUCGGAGCAUAAGUUAAUUACCGCAAAGCCAUACACACAAGAGUGAAUACUUCGCAGCAGUUUCAGAGAAGAUCAACAUUGAUUGAAAUGGGAGAUCUUUUUCUGCUGACUGAGUGUUGAGAAUUGAAUAGGUAGAUAAUGUAUGUGCAGUCCCACUGUCCAGUACAGACUGGAUCCCCAAUGGCUGGUCAUCAACAACAAACACCAGCAGUUGAAGUGGACCAGAGAGUGGAGAUGUCCUCAUUCCAGAAAGCCAUGCAGCAGCUGGACUAUGUCACACACGCCCAGAACAGCCUCAGGCAACAUCGCCAGCCUCAAAACAACCACACCCACCCUAAUCAACAGCCAAGUAGCCCCAGUCCAGUCUCUGCGCAUGGAAACACAACGGGGGGUCUGUUCAGGAACAAAACCACUCUGGGCUUCUGCAGUCGCAAGUCGGCGGCCAAAAAUAGUGAACCCUCCAAAGCAGUAGAGCUGCCAGAGAUGUUCCUGGGUCCCGAAAAGUGGAGACCUUCACAGUCCAGCAAACCACGCAGCUUCUCUGCCUUUCAGAGGGUAUCUCAGUCCAACAACAAUCAGAAAACAAACACGACCAACAACAACAAUAACAACAGCAGUAAUAACGGGCGAUGCAAAAGUGUCAAUCAGCCCAGAUACCUCCAGUUCGACCCGGAGGAGUUCCGUCGGCCGGGAACUUCUCUCAUCUACUUGCGGGAGAAGCAGAGUCUGAACAGGAAGCCCUGGAGCAGCUGUGGGGAGAGGGGCACUGUGAGGAGCAGUGUGGGGGGCAAAGUUUCUGGCAUUGAUGGAGGCACUGGAAAGAAUAGUCUGACCUCUGAGCUGCACUUGCAUGGGAAGUCACUGGCGGCCAGUGGCAGCCAGGAGCAGCGCCACAGUCAUCAGCCAGAUGGUCCAGAAGGAGAAGCAAAUGGAUCAGAAAAAGGUACAAGAAGAGGUUCCCUUUUUCAGUUGAUGCAGUAA